CCCUGUUUAUCUUCAGCCUCAAGCCAGCGCAAUAGUACCCACACGUUCGCUGCGAGCGUAAAAGUAACCCGACGGCUGACAUUCAAAGCGAAGAGUCACUUUUUCUCCAUUUACACGGGAGACAGUGUCGCUCGUUAUUUCUUUUGGGGGAACACAUUGCAACCAAACUGCGUCUCGUGGUGCUCAUCUGCGGUCUCUCUCUCUCUCUCUCUCUCCGUUUGUGCCGAACGACUCGAGGAAUACCCUUCAAGUUUUCCCUUGGAAGUUGCGCAUUGUCAAAAUGGGAUUUGGUGGCUUUUUCGCCGUGCCCGGUAAAUGCCUUGUUGUCCUCGGACUAAAAUUGUUGUUCCUUAUACCUGCAGGAGUUCCGGCAAGAAGCGGGGACUCUUUAUUAAAGGACAACAUCACCGUGAGACAAGGGGACAGCGCCGUCCUAAAAUGCAGCGUGGACAGCAAGGUGACGCGGGUGGCCUGGCUGAACCGCACCACCAUCCUGUUUGCGGGCAGCGAGAAGUGGACCCUGGACCCCCGCGUGGUGCUCAUGGAGAACACGCCGGUCAGCGAGUAUAGCAUCAAGAUCCUCAGUGUGGACGUCCACGACGAGGGCCCCUACGUGUGCACCAUCCUCACCAACAAGAAGCCCAAGUCCACCAAGGUUCACCUCAUCGUUCAAGUGCCUGCCAGAAUCACCAAUAUAUCCCAGGCCGUGACGGUCAACGAGGGCAGCAACGUCAACCUGGUGUGUCUGGCCCUCGGUCGGCCGGAGCCCAGCGUGGUGUGGAAGCAUCACUCUGUGAGAGGUGAGGGGGCCGACACGCCUGGAUGCCGCCAGCCGCACAAACGGUCUCCGGACGGACGGCAGUCAGGGCACGGGCGUCGCCACAUGAUUCACAGGGUUAUGCCGGCCACCGACCCCCACGCUGGGACAGUGUGGCAGAUGGAGCUGCUGGCACGGAUUUAG